ACAUGCUACAUUCAAAUUCAUGCUAGUUUUCCGAGGCUGCCAACCCCAGCUUUAAGGGCUAGAGUAAGAAUCCCCAAGGGGCAGGCCAAACACAGACCAGGCUAAUGAGAAAUGACGUCUCUGUGUCAGUUUGUACAGUUAAUGCUUAUUUUAAUGUUAAUGAGGCUGACCUGACAUAACACCAGAACACUAAAUGUAUCUUUUGGAAUUUAACAUUUUAUUUAUAUAAUUUGUUCACAUUUCUAUUUUUUGCUAGAUGAUUAGAAAGGGCAGCGUUUAUGUUGUUAAAUGGCCACUUUAAGGGUGUAGGGAGGUUAGCUGUACAGUGUCUGGCUGUGCUUCUAUUUUUUAUAAGAGUUGUCUGUACAUAUUGAAUACAGACCAGUUAAUGUCUAUAAACUGGAAACAGUUCAAAAUGCACUGGGUUGAUGUUUUUGUCCUCUGUUGCCCUUUUUUGACAACAUUUCAUGUUUAUCACUCUGCCGUGUACUUUUCAAUAAAUAAUGCCAUGUAAGCUCAUGUGAUGGAUGAUGGAUCAACUGCAGUGGAGCCAUACUUCCGUUUUGUGGGUGCAUGGUUUCCUGUGCAUCAGGGCGUUGAAUUUCCUCUUGUAUACUUUCUUUACUCUCGCUGAGCUUAUUUAACUGUCAGCAGCAGGUAAUUAUCCUCAUCAUCAGGUCUGAACCAGGAUUAAUCCGAUCCCGCUACUUAAGCUGGACAUCUGCUGGACGAUCCUGAAACACACCUUACCUCUUUAACCUACCUACUUCCUCACGUGUGCUGUUCCAGCAUGCAGCCUCUCAGGACCCUGGGCCCUCUCAUGCUCAUGAUACUACUGUGUGAUGCAGACAUUCCAUGCCCCACUGAACUCAACCCUCUCACCCUGGAUCCUCCUGUGGUUAUAGGAGAACAAGGAGAGUCAGUGGAGGUUAACUGCACCAGCAACGAGGAGGAUCACUACGGGAUGAACUGGAGAACUUCAAACACAGACUCUGGUUUUGAAGAUGAGAAGAGUUUCGUCUCUGAGUUUCUGCAGCUUUCAGACUGGAACAUGUCAGCUGAGUGCAGAUUAAAGCUGAACGAAACAUUUGAAUGCAGCAAGGACCUAGAGAUCACUGUGUACAAGAACCCAACAGUGGCCAUGUACCCCACAAAGUAUUUGACUGAUUUGGUGGAAGGGACGCUGUACGAGCUGCAGUGUGAUAUCCUUGAGGUUGCUCCAAUUCAAAACCUCACUGUGAAGUGGUACAAAGGCGAAAAAGUAAUCAAGAUUGAUACCUUCACCAACACCACCAAAAAACCAGUGGAUGAGUCUUCUAUUCUGACAGUCAACAUCAGCAGAGAGGACAACAGGGCUGAGUUUUGGUGUGAAGCUCAGCUGGACUUUGGGCCACAUGGAGUAAAACGUCCUGCUAUUUCUAAAAAGCAACCUGUUUCUGUUGUGUAUGGCCCUGAAUUCAAGAGCAACCCAAAAGGUGAUUUUGUCUUUUUGAGAAAAGGCGUCAAUGUCACCCUGAACUGUGAAGCUGAAGGAAACCCUCCUCCCAUCUUUAACUGGACUCGUGAAGGGGUGGAAUUGUUGGAGAAGACAAACUUUCUGAACAUUUCUCGAAUAAAUGACAGUGCGAUCUACAACUGCACAGCUUACAAUCAUCUAGGAAGCGUAAGCAAGGGGAUCAGUGUUCAAGUGUUGAAUAUGCUCAAGGCGGCGGCUGCACCUGCAGACAUGACUCCCCCUGUGGCAUCAACAACAGCUGCCCCUGCCACACCAACACCAACUUCUGAGGCAUUAACAUUGCUCUACUCAGAGUCAACGAUGACUGCCCCUGAGACACCGGACUCAACCACCUCUAAGACAUCAACAACGACCUACACAGAGACAUCAUCACCAGGAGGUUGCCCCCUUUCAUUGACACCCCCUGAGAUUGUGGUGAAAUAUGGAGAUCCAGCUUCAGUAAACUGCACCACAUCAGCCCCUGAUGCUUAUUUAAUAGGCUGGGAGGCAGCAUUUGGAGGCACAGGAGUUGAACAGCCUCCUUCUGUCACCUGGAGGGUUGAAAAACUGGAACACUGGAUCGUGGAACCUAAGUGCUUCCUAACAAUGAAAAACAAUGAGCAGUGCACCGUGAUGCCAAGUGUCACUCUUUACAAGACUCCAGACAUUGUGUUAGUGUCUGCGAUUGGUUCUGGUCCAAUGUUGGAAGGCAAGGACUUUCCGCUGACUUGUGAUGUCAUGAACGUGGCUCCUGUGCAGAACCUCAAACUGAAGUGGUACAGAGGUGAUGAAAUUGUGGACACAAAAACAUUCAAAAACCCCACCGUAACCCCAGUCAAUUUGACUUACCCCCUGAGUAUCAUUUCUAAGAGAGAUUAUAACGGAGCAGCUUUCAGAUGUGUGGCUGAGCUGCACUUUGGACCAGAAGGACCAGUGCCGACCCCUACUGUGACAUCAUCACCUUUCAUAGCUGAUGUGCGCUACCCCCCUGUGUUUAAGGAGAAAAGUUACAAUAAAGAUGUGAACCAGGGUGAAAAUGUGACUUUUCACUGCAGUGCUGAGGGCAACCCUCCCCCUACGAUCCAUUGGGAGUAUACCCCUGCAGUGAAUGUGAAAGAGACCACUGGGGGGCGCCACAGGAAUAUCAGCAUCACAGAAGCCACGUCUACUAAUGCUGGUGUUUACAUCUGUAAUGCCACGAAUGACAUUGGUACUGUGACAAGAUCUGUCACAGUGAAAAUGAUGAGUAAAAACAGUUCCAGUCCCUUAUGGUUCCUGUGGGCUUUGUUUAUAAUCUUAGUGGUCCUAUUUCUCAUCAUAAGCAUGAUCAUUCUCAACCACCGCCGGAAAAAAAAUGGACAAUACAGUUUUGUUUCAAGCAAAGCCACGGACGAUAUCCCAAUGACUGAUAAGCCUGAAGCGUAGGAUUUUAUCACAUGCUGGAUAUCAGUCUGUGGACUGAGAACUUAAGCAAACGCCAUGUUUGUCCUGCAUGGAAAGAAUAGCCUGUACCUGUUGUACUUUCUAACUCUGGAUAAAUAUCUUUCCAAGUUAAACCAAAUGUGGGACAAUAAUAAAACUCCCCUUUUUUCAAAAAAAUGUCACAGAUGUCAUCUUCUAAAUAAGAGCUAUGUUUACCACUCUGUGCUACUGACAAAGCAGGAGGAUUAUAACAUUGACAUUUUAUAAUGACAUUGAUAGUCGCUUUGUGAAGUCUUACUUAAAUUUAUACAUUUUUAAAUAAACAGUAGUUUAAACGUG